GCUUUGUUACUGAUCGCAUGCGCUUUAACGCAGCAAGAAAAUCCAACAUGGCGGCAAGUGAUGAUGAGGUUGGUCUUGUGGACGUAAAGAUGGAAGAUGCAGGCGAUGUCAGUGAUGACUUCAAAUUCCAAGACUUCACCAAAGUAGAUGACAUAAAUAACCUCAACACUGUGGGUAACAUUGACAAAGAACCUGGAACCACAGUCCCUGGCAAAAUUGGAACACACUCGCUAGAAGAUUUUUCUGAUGAUGAUGAAGAAGACAAAACAGAGCUUUUGGCUGGUCAAAGGAAACAACCACCAUUUUGGACAUUUGAGUAUUACCAAACCUUCUUUGAUGUUGACUCAUACCAAGUCAUCAGGAGGAUUAUUGGCUCAAUGGUUCCAGUAUACAAGAAAAAUUACCUUGUUUCUUUUAUCCGUCCUAAUCCUGAUCUUUAUGGUCCAUUCUGGGUGUGUGCGACAUUAGUAUUCACAACGGCAAUAGCUGGUAAUCUUGCAAGUUACCUUAUCAAUACUGGAGAUCACCAGUGGGUUUAUGACUUCCACAAAGUGACACUAGCUGCAGCGGCUAUCUACUCAUAUGCCUUCAUUAUUCCUGCUCUCCUCUGGGGACUUCUUCUUUGGAGAAGAAGCAAUGCUGGAUAUUCAUUUCUGGAAAUCCUUUGUGUUUAUGGUUAUUCUUUGUCCAUAUAUAUCCCAAUUUCAAUAUUAUGGGUUGCUCCGCUGGAAUGGCUAAGGUGGCUUCUUGUUAUGAUCGGAAUGAUAUUAUCAGGUUCUGUGCUGUUAUUAACCUUUUGGCCAGCAGUUGAAGAUGAUGACAAAAAGGUAGCUGGCAUUAUUCUGGCAGCCAUAUUUCUUGUACAUGGGCUUUUAGCUGUAGGAUUUAAGGUACAUUGUACAGAAACCCUUAUUCCUAGUUUGGCCACUAAACUGUCUUUGAAUUUCUCUAUGUUCAAUAGAUUGGCUCAAAAUGAAGAUAGGAACUCUAUGCACUCAGAACAUGUAUUGUGUAGUUCCAGAAAAUAUUUCACCCCUCUGGAAAUUCCAAUUAAGUGUCAUACAUUUCUUUAA